UCGAAGGAAAAAGAACAAAAAUUAAACUCAACAUGAAACUGAAAGAGAAAGAAAUCAAAGUAAUCGGUACUGAACUGUUCAAGAUAAAAACCUCUUACAAGUUCAAUUGUUUACGACUUGGGACAGCCUUCAAAAAGGAUUUACAAGGAUUGAUUGUUGGGGGUGAAGAUGGAAUCAUCAGAAUUUAUGACAUGUCGUCUAACAUUGAGACCAAAAACCCAAAGAUUCUACUGGAGACAAAAGGUGGACCAAUUCAAACAAUGGCUGUACAUGAUGUGACAAAAUUUUAUAAUGAUGAUUUGGUAACUGGAGAUUCUGUCGGCAUGGUUACCAUUUUCUGCAAUCAACAAAUUCUAUGUAGACACAGUUUAGCAAAGGACAGCAUAAAAUGUCUUCAAAUACACAAAGACCAAUUGGGUAACUGCAGUAUAGUGACAAGUGAUGAGUCAGGUUAUAUAUGUGCUACAUCACCAUCUAAAGAAUUAUGGAGAAUCAAUAUCAACAACUUACCAACAUCUAAGGGACCAACAGAAAAAUCUGUCGUAACAUGUUUAUUGUCAACUGACCUCGUGACCCCUACAGGAGAGAAAUGUAGUUAUAUAUUAGCAGCAGACGACAAUAAACACCUGCAUUUUGUUCACCAGGGAGAGGUUGUGAUGACACUAAAUACUCCAGAAAUAAUAACAGCUAUGUGCAGUGGUUUGUUUAUAGAUGCAGACAAGCUAGAUUUUGGCCAGGAUGCUGGAAAUAUGAAAUCACAAUCUCAGGUGGCUCUAGGCUGCAAUAAUGGUGCAAUUUAUAUAUUGCAUAACUUCACAAUCAGUGAGGAGGAGUUUGGAAAUGCCAAGUAUCAUAUCACCCAUUUAAUCCCACACCAAAGUGUGAAUCUCAAAGUUGACUUAUUACUGUGUGCUGGACACUUCAAUGCUCUACAUAUAUAUCAUGAAGGAAAGAAGGUGGGCAGCUAUGAAACACCAGAGUGGAUAAACUCUAUGGAUUUGUCAUUAGGUGACAAAGACAAAAAGCCUGAAAUUGUAGUGGGUUGUUCUGAUAAUUCAAUUACUGGAAUAAAUUUGUUUGAAACUUGAUUCAAUGUGGUUAUAUUUC